CCGUGAGCCGCCCGUUCCCCUGCUUCUGUUCCUUGUCCCCCAAAGUCACAGCCUGAUUCCCGGAGGCCGGAGCCCUUAGCCUGGGCGGGGUGGCGCGGGCCGGAAGGACGCCAUCCCUGCCUCGGCCAUGGAGGCUCCCGCACCGUCUCUCACGGAAGAGGACUUGACUGAAGUGAAGAAGGACGCUUUAGAGAAUUUACGUGUAUACCUGUGUGAGAAAAUCAUAGCUGAGAGACAUUUUGAUCAUCUACGUGCAAAAAAAAUACUAAGUAGAGAAGACACGGAAGAAAUUUCUUGCCGAACUUCAAGUAGAAAAAGGGCUGGGAAGUUGUUAGACUACUUACAGGAAAAUCCCAAGGGCCUGGACACUCUUGUGGAAUCCAUUCGCAGGGAGAAGACCCAGAACUUCCUGAUUCAGAAGAUAACGGAUGAGGUGCUGAAGCUUCGGAACAUAAAACUGGAGCACCUCAAAGGCCUGAAGUGCAGCAGCUGUGAGCCCUUUGCAGCUGGGGCCACCAACAACCUUUCUAGGUCCAAUUCGGAUGAGAGCAAUUUCUCUGAAAAGCAGAGAGCGUCCACUGCCAUGUACCACCCAGAAGGAGAGUCCAGCACUGCUCCUUUCUUCUCUACUGAGUCCUCCCUGAAUUUGCCAGUCCUGGAAGUUGGCAGAACUGAAAACAGCAGCUUCUCUUCGGCCACAUUUCCUCGACCUGGGGACCCCGGGGCCCCUCCUUUGCCCCCAGACCUUCGGUUGGAAGAGGGGGGCAGUUGUGGAAACUCGAGUGAGCUGUUUCUCCCCUUACGGUCACGGGCUCUCUCACGCCAGUGACGUCACUGCCCGGCUGUUUUAAUACGGAUGCAAAACGGUGUGAAGGAUAUCAUCUUUUUAUAAAAACCACGGUGACAGGUCGCUCACAUUUGAUGUGUGUCUUUUAAAUCACAGUGUACACAUUCUCUGUAAAUAGGAUUUGUUAGAGUAAAGAAGCACAGUCUAGGGGCAGCUUGGUGUAAAUCAUGGUGGUCAUGUACUUUUCAAUAUUGUCCUUUUUUAUUAUUUUUAGAUGUUUUAGUAUUUUGAACUUUUUAUAAGACUAAUUUUAUCAGAAUAUGUCUCAAUUUGAGAAAACAACUUGUGGGUUGAGAAUAAUGUUUCUUAGCACAUUUAUGCUACAAAUUUUCAGUUGAUUGUUUUUCCCAGUGAUCUGGCAAUACAUUUUAGCAGUAAGCUGUUCUGACUUUCAGGAAAGCUGGACACUGGGAAAGCUGCCAACACACUCAGGAGAACGUCCCACUCCUUGGUUCUGAGAAUCCGUCGGGUUCUGAGAAGACACCUGAUGGCAUUGAGCCUUGUGACUUCAGUUGACCCAAAUGUGUUUUAUACUAACCUUGCCAGCAUGAGUGUUUGUUUGCCUUUUACAGGCCUUCCUGUGUCCUCAGUCUUAUCCUGAAGAACGUUAUCCAGCAGGACAGUACUUGUAAUUAGUUGACUGUACUUGUGAUUGACUAACAUUCUCGCUCUGAGCCUUUCGUUCUCUCUCGGUGAACACUGCCGUGUGGAGCC